ACGGGGAGGAAAAGGAAGAGGAGACCAGCAGCUGCCGCCGCCGCUGCACACUGUGAGCGGCUCCUGGUUAUGGGGAGAGCGCCGGGCUCGACCCGAUGUCAAGGCCGUCUUCUUGGUGGUAGAAUGCAACUCAGGGAGGCCAGAUGCUGAGCGCUGCCUCAUGUAGGUGUCCAGUUCCAUCCGUUUUGCCCUACUAUGAUGGAUGAGUGGAAGCCCAACCCAGUAGCCAAUCCACGGAAGAAACGCAGCUGGUACCUGGCCUGGAAGUACAAGCUGACAAAUCAGAGGGCUCUGAGGAGGCUCUGUCAGAUGGGGGCUGUUCUCUUUUUGCUAGUGACUGUGAUUGUGAAUAUAAAGCUGAUAUUGGACACUAGAAGAGCAGCCAAUGAAGAGGAGGAAUCUUCUCAGGAUUAUGAUGAAGGCUUGCAGAACCCAGAGAUCCCUCGACGACCAGUCAGCAGCAGGAAGGUUCUGGAUAUUGAGGUGUACUCCAGCCGCUCCAAAGUCUACGUGGCAGUGGAUGGGACGACGGUUUUGGAAGAUGAAGCCCGGGAGCAAGGCAGAGGCAUCCACGUGAUUGUGUUGAAUCAGGCUACAGGUCAUGUGAUGGCGAAGAGAGUCUUCGACACCUACUCUCCACAUGAAGACGAAGCCAUGGUCCUCUUCCUUAACAUGGUAGCUAGAGGCCGCAUUCUUAUCUUCACAAUUAAGGAUGAGGGCUCCUUCCACCUUAAAGACACAGCGAAGAAUCUCCUGAAGAGUUUAGGGAGUCAGAUUGCGGCUUCCCUCAACUGGAGGGACAUGUGGACGUUUGUGGGGAAGAAAGGAGGUGAGGUUUAUGGUGAAAAAUACGCCAAGUCCCCAGUGCUUUCCUCUUGGGGAGAGCCUGUCUUGCUGAAGACUGAAGUCCAACUAACUUCUGUGGAAGAUGCCGAAUGCCGCUGGCCUGACACGGAGCUCAACCGGCGGAGGAAGCGGUUCUGCAGUAAGGUGGAAGGGUAUGGCAGUGUCUGCAGCUGCAAGGACCCCACACCUAUAGAGUUCAAUCCGGACCCACUCAAAGACAACAAAGUUUUUGAUGUGCCUGUUGCUGUCAUUGCAGGAAACAGACCUAACUACCUGUACAGGAUGCUGCGAUCGCUGCUGUCGGCACAAGGAGUCAAUCCUCAGAUGAUAACAGUCUUCAUUGAUGGAUAUUAUGAGGAGCCAAUGGAUGUGGUGGAACUAUUUGGCCUGAAGGGAAUCCAGCACACACCCAUCAGCAUCAAAAAUGCCCGAGUCUCCCAGCACUACAAGGCCAGCUUGACAGCAACAUUCAACUUGCACCCGGAUGCCAAAUUUGCCGUGGUUCUAGAAGAGGACUUGGACAUCUCCAUUGACUUCUUCAGCUUCCUAAGCCAGUCCAUCUAUCUGCUGGAGGAAGACGACAGCUUGUACUGCAUCUCUGCCUGGAAUGACCAGGGAUAUGAGCACACAGCAGAGGACCCCUCACUCUUGUACCGUGUGGAGACCAUGCCUGGGCUGGGCUGGGUGUUGAGGAAGACUCUCUACAAGGAUGAGUUGGAGCCCAAAUGGCCAACACCAGAGAAGCUCUGGGACUGGGACAUGUGGAUGCGGAUGCCGGAGCAGCGGAAAGGCCGCGAAUGCCUCAUUCCGGACGUGUCGCGCUCCUACCAUUUUGGCAUCGUUGGCCUCAACAUGAACGGCUACUUCCAUGAAGCCUAUUUCAAAAAGCACAAGUUCAACACCGUCCCCAGCGUCCAAAUAAAAAAUGUGGAGAGCUUAAGGAAAGAUGCAUAUGAAAUUGAAAUCCACCGGCUGCUCAGUGAGGCAGAAGUUCUGGAUCACAGCAAGAACCCCUGUGAGGAUUCCUUUGUACCCGACACCGAAGGGAAGAUCUACGUUAUGUACAUUAAGAUGGAGCAGGAGGCAGAUUUCACCACCUGGACUCAGCUUGCAAAGUGCCUCCACAUCUGGGAUCUGGAUGUCCGUGGGAACCAUAAAGGACUGUGGCGCCUCUUCCGGAAGAAGAACCACUUCCUGGUAGUGGGAGUGCCUGCCUCUCCUUAUUCAUCCAAGAAGCCCUCCUCAGUGACCCCCAUUUACAUGGAGCCCCAAGCCAAGGAUGAAGCGGUGGGAGCCGUGGGAGCAGGAGCGGAGCAAACUUGAAGCAGGGCUGGGGAGUGUUGUCCGUGUUGCCUUCACAUCCUGCUGGGAAAAGGGGCUCAAGACGCCAUGGAGCUUCGUGGGAGAUUUGUGUGCCGCUUUCUCUGAAGGACUUGGGAAGAGGGGCAAAGACAUAGGGAGGAGGGCUCCCAACUGCCCCAAGGCAGCUGCUGAGUGUGAAUACGUUGCACUGGGAAGGCAGGAGCAGGAGCCUUUAAUAUUUUUCUAAGCCACUGCAACAAUACAAUUUUGCGGGGUGGGGAGGGGUUUGGUUGGUCCCAUUUUUAACACUGACGCUUUACUAACGGUGGCCACCCUUUCCCCCAAAUUGUGGGUUAGGCCAGAGGGAGCUGUUUGGAAAGGCGAUUGGUUCCCUUUUUAGGGAGCUCUUCUCAGACCACUACUUCAGGAUAUAUACAUUUGUUGUUGUUAUUUAUUAACUGAGUGUUGGUCAACAUCCUUCAAAAGGCAGCUGUCCUGCUUAUGUUUCUGGUGGUUUCCAGUUUAGGGGGGGGGGAUUGUGAUGGGACUCUUAAGCCCUGGAAAGCAUGUGGAGCCAUUCAUUCUCCAGGCAGAGGAACCAUCCUGCACAUGGCUUGGAUUGAUGGCUACAGAGCAGACAGUUCGCCUGAAUUUGGAGAAUGGCUUUUGUGCCAGAGGAUGGAGAAAUAGGCCAUGGCCUUCAUCGUCGGGACUUAAGGACACAAACCACAAAUGGAACUGCAUGUAUCGGUACUGCGGGCAACCCAACCUGGAUGCUCAGGCCCAGAAUUCCUUUCCUCCUGUCUCUGCUCCCAGUGGAUUGUGAUGCAAGAAGGGAAACAUCAAAAUCUCUGGCAUUUUAUCUACCUAGCAAGUUCUCCUGGCUCUAACUGAGGCACCUCUUCUUGACUGAAAUGCUCAAUAAGAGCCAGACUGGCAACAACAGGUGGAGGCCCAAGGCUGUGAGGCUUGGUGGAGUUGCUCUUCUGUACAAUACCCACAGAAAAGAGCCAAGAAGUGGUGAAGGGGGUGUGUGUGUGUGUACAAAAAGUGCCUUGAGGGAGUAUGUGCUGGCCUAGAAAGCCUGCUCAGAAAGGGAGAGAUGAAGUGAAUGGAUCAAGCCGAACCUCAGUUAUGUUUGCUCUAUUGGAACAAAGCUUCUGUGAGCUCAAAGAUCCAAAUGCAGGAACACUUGUCCUGCUGUUAGUCUGCAGUGUGGAUGACCUGUGGCAAUGGCCACUGUUAGUACCACUAAGCAAGGUCAAGCUCACUCCUGUCCUCCAACCUGUGGAGCUGAUAGGCUUUGUGUCCUACCCUGCUGAGUUCAAGCCAGUCUUGCUCUUUUUGAGGCCUAGGUUGCUGAAGCAUGUUGCUUGGAAAGGAGGAGCUCAUAGGACCUCAAGGAAGUUCUGAAGAGGCUUCUUGGGGAAGUAGGUUCUUCUGGAGUCUGUGUUGGCUGGGCGGAGGUAUAACGGGGAAGGCAAAGGGCAGAAAUUCAGGGACAAAGAGGGAAUAGUGGUUUUCCUCUUCCACAUCUGGUGCCUUAUGAGGUGAGCGAAGUCCUUGGGGUCUAGAAUGUAACUUUCUGUACAAUGAUUCAGCGAACAGCUAAAGGGAAGGGAGCACCACCUACGAGCAGAUGGCCAGGUUCUAGUUUAAUGUAAUCCUUUCCCUUCCAUUUGGUGGUUGGGUGUCUUUUUGUUUUGUGUUUCCUCUUCUUUCUCCACACCGCCAAGCUAACCAUACAUAGUUGAUGCUGCCUGAGUCUUUAAGAAAACAAACGAAUUAGGGUGUAGAAAAGGGGAAAGAUAGGCAUUACAGCAUUUAAGAUGUCCAUAAGGCAACUGUGGCCUCCAUCAAGAAGGUACCAUCUUCAGCCAACUCCUGAACCUAAGAGUGUCUUGCUUCACCUCACUUGGUCUGUACAUUUUCCAAAAAGAAACCCUUUGGCUUCUAUCCACGUUAAGAGUCUAGUGACUGAGGGAAGACCAUAGGGAAUUUGGGGUGGAUGACUUGGGUACAGUCACUGAUUGAAUGCCAUUGAUUUAUGGGUUAGUGAUACUUACGGCAGGGAACCAAGACAUCUUGUCAGUUCAGUCCAUACCAUCUCAGGGGAAAUUGGUGGGUGUGUCUGCCUCUGGAAGGUGGGCUUCUCUUGGCCCUGCCUGUUGGCCUUGAUGCAGAUACACUCAGCAUAUUGCAGCUGCAUGGGGAGCGUAACCCAGAGCUGAGAGUGCAGCAGUUCCAGCCAGAGAUGGAAAGCAACACUUUGGCUGCUGCUUUCCUUGAUUGCAUCGCUUGCCAUCACAUUGCCAGUGCAUCAUGUUUCACUGGAGGUAAAUGUGGACACAGCUGCUACUUCCCCCGACAGCUUUUGCAGGUACAGUAGAGCUAAAAGUUAGAGCUGUGCUGCAUUUUUGCAAAAAGGAUAAUUUUUCUGUUAUGCCUUCCUUGUCUCUCCUUUGGCAAGCAUUGAUGCAGAAAGGGAAUCUGUUCCUGUAAACAGGCACCUGAAGGUUCCUGGAUACAACUUUAGCAUGCAUUUGCAUUUUUAGAAACACGCAUACAAGUUUUGCUGCGGAGUCUUACUACUGAUGACAUAUGGAAUGAUUCUCAUUGUGAAGCAGCUAGUACUUUCACCAUUUUUGUGGCAACAUGGUAUGGAGCAUGGUUUUUUUUAUGUUGUUGGGUUUUUGGGUUUUUUGUUUGGUUUUAUUUAAGGCGCACAGCACCCUUAAUAAGGGGAAGGAGCAACUUCUAAGCAGAGUUCAGAAACCUUUGCCCUCCAGAAGCACAUUACGGCCCUUUUCCUUAUUUAUUUGGUAACCAGAAUAGGGGAUGUUUUGAAGCCGCCAAAUCUCCAAGGCCUUAUUACACUUGGCACAAAGUGCAAAGGAUUGGGGCUUCUGCAAAUGCACAGCAGCAGCAGCAACCCUGAAGGCUUUUUUAGUGAUGGCUAACUGCAGCAAUGCUGAAUUAGCUAAUGUGCUUCUUAUUAAUUUAGAGAAGCCAUUCCCCCCCCCUUCAGAACCAGUCAUGGGAUUUCAGGGGCAUGGCAAGUGGAGAUCUCAGGAAGCCUAAUGCCUAGACCAGCCUUCUCCAACCUGCUGCCUUCCAGAUGUUUUGAAUGACAAUUCCAGUCAGCUCCAGCCACCACAACAGUGCUGGCUGUGGCUGAUGGGAGUUCAAAGCACCUGGAGGGGCACCAAGUUGGGGAAAGGUGGCCUGGAUCUACAAAUACCUUUGUCCUUCAUGGAGAGCAGAGCACAGGCCUCUCCAGACUUCAUCUACCGGUAUAUGUUUGGAGUGAGUGUUUAGUUGUGGGCAGAGGGAGGGGCUAGUUGCUUUUUGCAGCAGAAAGGCAUUUCCUACCUAUCAGGUGUGUAAAAUCAGGUCACUUUGUGUAGUCAUGAUCAAAGUUCAGAGCACACUUUCGAAGGGGCUACAUCUACCUUAAAAGUGUUCAUGAGGUGUCUUCUGAAAGGAAUGGUGUUCUGCUCUUGGCACUGGCAAUAGACACAGCUUCUGCCCCACCUGACCAAGUGCAAAAUAUUUUAUGGUGAGGACAUCCCAAGAUCCCAUGGAAACAGCAUCAUUGCAAGAAGAUUGUAGUUUGCAACUUUGUGAGGAGGCAAGAAAAGCAGAGAUGGAUUGGGGUGGUUUCCCCUGUUCAGCCUUGCAAAUGAGUACACUUUUACUGCAUUUCUUGUUCAGA